UCCCUAUCUCGAUAAAUGAAGGACGCGACUAGACUGGGCCGAGUGGAUAUAGAUUUGAUAUGGAUAAGGAUGAUAAGGACCUGAUGAGAUCAGCAGUGUGGAGACUCCUUAUCUCUCUCUCUUUGUUUCUCCGCUUUCUCCCUCGGCUUUGAGAUCCCCUCAUUCCUCAUCCCUCUUUCUAACUCCCCAUUACUUCCUACGUUGACCCUCCCGAUAUUGUUAAUUGAUACCCGGUCAAAUGUCAGCCUAUGCCCCUUCAUCUAAAACACCCCCGUCUCCUAGCCUGUGCGCGAUGCUUCCGCUUGAAGAGAAAAUGUGACCACGCCAAGCCCAUGUGCGGAGAAUGCCGCCGCCGAGGGACUGAAUGUUUACCUAUGAAAUCCCGCAAGGACGGUCAAGACAUCACCAUCCCAUUGGAGUAUCUGAAGCAGCUGGAGUCGCGCAUUGCCGAGCUGGACCGUCCGUCGGCUGCGACGCACGAUGUGGGUGUCCAGACGGACUUCUCGACCCAACAGCCCGAUCCCCAUCCGACUACCUUAUCGGGCAUGGCCGAUAGUGCCCCCGGAGGUCUCCACCCAGCAGCGCAGCAGGUGUUCGGCACGCCAGACGACUAUCCACAAAAUGAUCUGCUAAGACACGUCGCAGCGUCGGAACAGGACCUCUUGCGUGUGUCUGACAUGCGCUCCCAUGCCCCCCGGUUGGAAGGAGCCUUGAUCUCGCGAUUGGCGUACGAAGUCUACCCAGACCGACCCGGCUGGGACUUCUACGCUGGCACCGAUGCCGGAUCGCCACAUGCGGGGUAUCCGUUCUGGCAGGAAGAAGUGUACGCGAACUUGUACUUCUCCAUCACGCAUUGGGUGUGGCCCUUCCUGGACAGCGGGGCGUGGAAAACGUGGCGUCAGGAGUGGAACUCGGAUAGUGAGGCGGAUCAGUGGAAGGGCUUUCUCGUCAAGAUGGUACUGGCUAUUGGGGCUUUGUCCUGCAACGUUCUACAACCGAGCCAGGGCCACUCGGCCCACGCCGCGGAUCUCUACACCGCCGCAAUGGCGUACUACCCGUAUGUGAUGGGCCACGAAUCUUCCAUCCUGCAGAUCCAGGCAUCCAUUCUCAUGGUACUCUACGCCCUUCAAUGUCCCUCGGCGGAGGAGAUCUCGACGGCGGUUUCGUCUAUCGUUCCGUUCUGCACGGCGACGGUGGCGGACAUGAGGAAGCAUGCUGCCGCUGGGAAUGGGGUCGAUCUGGGCCUUGCGGGGGGCGAGGGGGAGAUAUUGACCGAAACGUUAUUUAUCACAUGCUUUAUGUUGAAUGAGAUCGUCGUGUCGGGCUGGGACCGGCCGGUUUCGGCCUCUUAUCGAGCGAUUGACGAUGAUGUCUACUCCCUCGGAAAUGAGGUGCCCUCGUCCUCGAGCACCAGCACGGCGCUGCGACACCUGUUCCGACUGCGGAAGAUCCAAGCCGACAUUCGACGGCAAUGGAGGGAGGAAUCAGGACAACCGCAGGCGAAUGAUACGAUGUUGAAAUCGGCCUUGGAUACAUGGAGAAACGAGAUCCCUCGAUACGGCGUGGAAGAAGCGCCCAGUACAUACCUCCAUCCGCUAUGGAUGGCAAACCUUUACGACUAUAGUGUUAUAAUAAUGAUGCAGGAAAAACGGGACACUCUUCAGCCAGGGGACAUCGAGGACGUCGUGACCACCAGCGACGAGGUGUGUCGGAAUUUCCGACGACUACAGGAGGAAGGGCAGGUAAUGUGUUAUACAUGGUCAGCUCUGGUUUUCCAAUUCCGAGCAGGGAUCACCCUGCUUUACAUAUUUUGGGUGACGCCACGAGAGCCAACCCUGGUACAACGGGCCUUGGAGGCGUUGUAUAUCUGCGCCGAUAAUGUUUCUCACCAUGCACACCGCUGGCCGGAUGCUACACCGUACGCGAAGAUUAUGGAUUUUCUCUUCCAAAGCGCUUCGUGGAUUCCCGCAGGAUCGCCACGGAGCCAUAGGAGUGCAUGCUCUCGCGAGGAGCUGCCGCGGCACCUGACCGAAUUGAAAAAACAAUAUCUACACAAGGCGGUGCUGCGGAUGAUUGAAGACAUGCUCCUCCAAUAGCCAGCUUUCUUACGGAUAGAACCUGGACAUGCGCGUGUA